ACAUGCAUGACAAUAAAUUUUGAGGUUAGAAAACUGAUGGAGUGAAGGGAGAUCUCUAACAUAAUCGAGUGUUAGGUAAUACCGCCCUGACCAUGGCAGGUGUGCUCAAAAAGUCUACGAAUUUGAAAGGACUAGCCGUGUGCAAGAAUCCUCACAUGGAAUUAAUACCGCUGUACAAUAGACUUCUGAGAGUGCUGGGCCAGUUCCCGAAGGAUUACACUUAUCGGAAGGAAACGGAGGGGGUUAUCAAGAGCAGACUGACGAUCGUGCAAAAGACUGAAAGCGUGCAAGCUAUAGAAGACAAGGUGGGCUGCGGACAGGUGGAGGAGCUUAUAAUACAGGCAAAGAACGAGUUGUCGCUGGCGGAGAAGAUGUUGGUCUGGAAACCAUGGGAGAAAUUAAUGCAGGAAGCACCGUCCAACCAGUGGACGUGGCCGCCACAUAAAUAAUCCUGAUUUAUAGUUCUUGUAAAUAGCAUACAACUAAGUGCGCGUGACUCGACAGCGCGUUAUAUACUCAAGCUCGCAAUAUAUUAAUGUGACAUAUUGUUAUUUAAUGAAUAUUCCUUCUGGUAAAUAUUCACUCCAGUUCUUUCUCACAAGUUUUUUUUUUCAGCAAAAGCUGUGGAAAGUCAUUUAAAGAUGUUGUAGAGGACGAGACGGGGAGAUAGAUAAAUCCUUGAAAUUUUCUUAUCCUGAAUCGUGACAGAUAUAUUUUCUAAUGGUAUUAAAUGUUUCACAAUUUUAA